AUGGACAUCGAUGUGGACUAUGAGCGGCCGAAUGUAGAAACGAUUAAAUGUGUCGUAGUUGGGGACAAUGCGGUGGGAAAGACAAGGCUGAUUUGUGCCAGAGCCUGCAAUGCUACCUUGACCCAGUACCAACUGCUGGCUACACAUGUGCCCACUGUUUGGGCAAUAGAUCAGUAUCGGGUCUGCCAGGAGGUUCUGGAACGAUCGCGAGAUGUUGUUGAUGAAGUUCCAGUUUCUCUUCGACUGUGGGAUACCUUUGGUGACCAUCACAAAGAUCGUCGCUUUGCAUAUGGCAGGUCAGAUGUUGUGGUCCUGUGUUUCUCGUUGGCCAACCCAGCCUCACUGCGGCAUGUGAAGACCAUGUGGUUUCCUGAAAUACGGCACUUCUGUCCCCGCACACCCAUUAUCCUUGUUGGCUGCCAGCUGGAUUUGCGUUUUACUGACCUUGAUGCAGUGAAUAGAGCUCGGAGGCCUCUGGUCAAACCCAUCAAACCUACAGAUAUUCUCCCACCGGAGGAUGGUCAACAGAUUGCGCAGGAGCUUGGCAUUCCUUACUAUGAGACCAGUGUCGUUGCACAGUUUGGGAUCAAAGAUGUCUUUGACAAUUCAAUUCGGGCAGCACUCAUUGCAAGACGCCAUCUGCACUUCUGGAAGUCGCACCUUAAGAAAGUACAAAAACCUUUGCUUCAGGCUCCUUUCCUCCCUCCAAAACCUCCUCCAGUUGUCAUAACCGUUCCAGAUACUCUUUUAGUGAAUGGAGAAACACCAACAACUCUCUUUUCAACUCCUCUUUGUCCUGAUGUCAUCUUCAUUCUUCAUGAUGGGCGCCAGAUCUUCGCUCACAGAGUGUACCUAGCUACUUGUUGUUCCAAAUUCUAUGACCUGUUCAGUACAGACUUAAUGCAAAGUCCUUGUGUGGAUGGAGGAAAAGGGGCAGAAAAUAGAACACAUGGAAAAGAGCAGGCAGGUAACACUAAAAACCUCAAAGUGGAUGAGCUGUGUGGAGACAGUAUUUUUGUGAAGAACCCACCAGUGUCACAGAAAACUUCAAAGUGCAGUGAGGCCGUGAACCUGCCCAACCAUGAGAGAAUGAUACAAGUGGCCUUAAAGCAUGGAAAGCAGCUCAGCAAGUGGGGAAGGGGCUUUCUGACUGUUCAUCUGGAUUAUAUAGAAGAUCCAGUGACUCAAAGAGAUCGAUGUAUGACUGUUGUUACCAUGGACCACCUGAUCCAGAAAGAACCGUUCCAGACUGUACUGGAAUAUCUCUACACGGGCUAUUUGAAUGAAAAUCAGGUGGAUCUGAUAGAGGUUGCUGUCAUUGCUGAGAUCCUGGAAGUAUUUGACUUGAGAAUGAUGGUUGCUAAUGUGCUGAAUAAGGAGAGUUUUAUGAACCAGGAAAUCACUAAAGCCUUCCAUGUGCGACGUGCCAACAGGAUUAAAGAGUUCCUCUUGAAGGGGAACUUUUCAGAUGUUGUCUUCGAGGUUGAAGGGGAAAACAUCUCUGCCCAUAAACCCCUCCUCAUGUCUAGCUGUGAUUGGAUGGCGGCAAUGUUUCGUGGUUCCUUCCUGGAAAGCUACAUUGACAAGGUCCCGAUGCCUGAUUGCAGCAGCAGUUGCCUGCGAUCUGUUCUGGAUUUCCUGUACACUGGGCAGCUGGGGUUGAAUCACCAGGUGGAUGCCAUGGAACUGAUAGCAUUUGCAGACCGCUUGUGCUUGUCUGGCCUCGUUGCAUUGACAGAGCAGUCUGCUGUGGAGGAACUCCUGCACGCAUCCAAGCAGGGAACUGACAUUGAUGGUUUAGUCUUACAAUACCUCGAGAAGGCUCAGUUGCACAGUGCUCGACAGCUUGCUGAUUGGUGUCUCCAUCACAUCUGUACCAACUACAACAGCAUCUGCCGCAAGUUCCCUAAGGAGAUGAGACACAUGUCUGCAGAGAACCAGAAGCACUUUGAGAAGUGGCGCUGGCCACCAGUGUGGUACCUAAAGGCAGAGGAUUGUUAUCGCCGGGCAUUGAGAGAAUGGCAACGUGAACAGGAACUCCUACACAAACAGCGCGUUCGGAGGAAGUGGAACUUCUGGAGAUCCAGCUUCGCUCACUCUUAGAGAACUUGAACCUCAGAGCUGGUCCCUCCCAUUAACACCACAAAUGGUCUGACUUCCAUCAGCAACGAGCUGCAGCUGUAAAACAGGCGGAGGAUGACUGAGUGUGUCAGCACAGAGUGUGUUCCAGAAUGUUCCAUACACUUCCAUUAACUGCAAGUUAAGGGCUAUACUUUUUGCUGAAAUCCUUUUCAGGGCCAUGUUCUCCUGAGCCCUGCAGAAUAGAAUGAGUCCACGUGUAGAACUCAAGUUCUAUUCUCAAUGAUCCCUCACUUAUUGUUAACCUCAGACCUCAUACACUGUACACCUCAAUCACCUGUUAACCAACUGACUACACACCACGUGUGCCUCAAUGUGACCAAUCAACUGGUAACCUGAACUUGGGAUUACAAUUCCUGUCUUCAUCCAGAACCUUCACUCAGUAAUCAAAAUGAUCAACAGCACAAGGAGAUAGUUAAUGACAAGCUUGAGAACAAUCUCACUGUCCUGGGAUACUGCCCAUCGUCCAGGGCACUGACCACUGACCGGGGUCACUGACCGGGAUCACUGACCACUGACCGGGAUCACUGACCACUGACCAGGGUCACUGCCCACUGUCCUGGGACACUGCCCAUCGUCCAGGGCACUGACCACUGACCGGG